GUUAAUCAAGCUGAUUAAAAUAAAGGAAUCAUCACCUAACCUUAAAAUUCAAAUGAAAAGAGAGCAACGCAAGUUAAUUCCCCCGCUACGGAUGCCACGACUGAUUGUCUCCGAUGGUGUGAACGCAGACUCGCUUGACAAAUAUCCCCGGAUAAUGCAUAUCUAUAAAGUAGAGAAGUUUUCAACUGAAGAUCAGCAGGAGGCGAAUUAGGGAACGUCGUAAUGCACGGCAUAAGUUUUUUAAAUCACGUAAAAGACCUUGGCCGUUGGAUUUCUUAAAGUAAAGUCGUUCCGAUCGGUCCUUCAAGUACUUCGUUUAAUCUAGCAAAAAAACGAUCCUCUUCAUUCUGUUGAUAUGGCCGUCGUCGAGGAAUUUGAUUAUUUAUGUCGUUUAUGUGCGACCAAAACGGGUAUUCUAAUGGGAUUACCGAUCUUCGAAGCCGGCGAUCAGAUGCGCAACAUUGACAAGAAAAUAGCCGCAUGUUUGCCAGUGCAGGUGUCUAUGACUGAUCAAUUACCAAAAGUGGUAUGCGAAGAGUGUGCUUAUAAAUUGGAUCAGCUGUUUGAUUUUCGUGAAAAAUGUUUACAUACUGAGGCAGUAUUCAUGGAAAUGUUAAAAGAAAUUGCCAAGCAAGAGAUUGUUCGCAUAUCAAAAAGGGAUUUGGAAGAAGUAGAAGAAAUGAAGAGGAUUCAGAGAAAUAUUGACAGAAUACAAAAUAAUAUGGAAAACGUACAAAAUCAUGUAACUCCCCAAGAAACAGCAGAGCCCACUAUACAUACUAUGCAAGUCAUAGAUGAAAUAGAUUUGGCAGCUGGUGAACAAGUUGUUACACAAGAAGAAAUGGGACAACAAGAUACAGAUAUUGAGGUUACUGGUAUCGACUGUUUAGAUGGGGAUACAGCUAGAAUGGUGGAUGAACAUAUACGAGAAGUUUCUAAUCAUCAAAUAGCAAUGCAUUUGGAGGGUGAUAUGACUGUAGUUGGAAAUUUAACAGUGAGUGGUCAUUUGAGUCAAUUAGGAAUAAAUUAUGUUACUUCAAUAAAUCCUGAAGAUCAAAAUCGAGAAUCAAUUGUACAUUAUUGUGAUAAUGUAAAGUAUGAAUCAGUACCAAUAAAACAAGAAUAUCAUAGGUUGCGAGAUAGAUUAACUACAGAAGAUCCUGCAAAUGUACUUGAAAAUAAUGUACCACAUGAGAAUUUUGCUCCUGCUCAACCAGAGACUGGUAGUGAUAUAGAAGAAACACGUGUAGUUGAAAAUGAAACUCCUAGGCAUACAACUUCUCAAACAAAUACUAUGGCAUCAACGAGUCAAAUAACAACUGGAAGUCCAGAAAUUUUAGUAGAAUAUACAAAAAGAGCCAAACAUGCAUUAUUAGAAACAGCAUUAAAUAAUCCUACAGUUGAUGAAACAGGUUCACAUUGGUAUGUGUGUCCAUUUUGUAAUGAAGCAACAUUAGGUUCGAAUAAUAUGAUAGCACAUUUUGAACAAUAUUUUUGCUGUUGUCCUUGUGGUUUAUAUUUUACAAGUGUAGAUGCCUUAAAUGUACAUAAGGAAAGAUGUGAUGUAUAUAAAAGUAAAACAAUGGACAAAGAAAAACAAAUCACAGAACCUGAAUUAGUGUCUUCUCAAGAUGAAGUAAAUAUAGAAGAAAAAAAACAAACAACUGUAAGGCAGAAAUGGACUCCAAAAGUUUGCACUCAAUGUGGUAAACAGUACAGGACGAAUUAUAAAUUACAAGAACAUAUGCGGAAACAUACUGGUGAAAAGCCUUUUCAGUGUGUGACUUGUGAAAAAGCAUUUCGUAGUAAAAUUGGACUUGCACAACAUGCGGCUACACAUACAGGGCAAUAUGAUUACAAUUGCUCCACAUGUGGUAAAGGUUUUCAAUCUAAAAGUUAUCUUGUUCUUCACCAAAGAGUACAUUCAGAUUUAAAGCCUUUUCCAUGCAACACUUGUGGACAACAUUUUAAAACGAAACAAUCAUUAUUAGAUCAUCAAAAUAGACAUCUUGGGGUCAAACCAUAUGUAUGUGAAAUUUGUGGCAAAGGUUUUAUAACCAAAGGACUCUGUAAAAGUCAUCAAAAAAUACACUCGGGUAUGGAUAAUCGUCAGUAUCCAUGUGUGGUAUGCAAUAAAAUGUUUGUUAGUAAAAGUUAUCUGAACACUCAUUUACGCAUUCACACAGGUGAAAAGCCGUAUUUGUGUGAAGUUUGUGGUAAAGGAUUUUUAACAAGAGUCGAUCUUAAAAUUCAUUCAACAAUGCACACGGGAGAAAAAAGCUUUAAAUGCGAUAUGUGCGGGAAAGUAUUCGCCAGAAGGGCAGCGUUAAGGUGUCAUAGGAGAUUGCACACCGGAGAACGGCCUUACAGAUGCGAUGUAUGUGGUAAAACAUUCACACAGUUCACUCCUAUGGCCAUUCAUAAAAGAUUACAUACCGGAGAGCGACCGUAUGAAUGUGAUGCAUGUGGCAAAACAUUUGUAUCGAGAUCAACCAUGAUGUGUCAUAAAAAAAAACACCAUGGUACAGCACCCGUGCAAAAAGAUGAACCAGUUCCUCGUCAAAAUGAAAUAAAAAAUAUCUUACCAGCAGAAAUUGUACUCCGAGAUUCCCAGGAAGGAAUUCAAAUUACCGCAGAUUGAAACGCAUGAUUAAAAAUCGGGAAACGUUGAAGUAAAUAGAUACAAACAACGCAUGAUAAAAAAUGAAAUAUCGAGUCUGCAUUUUAUAAGAAGCGGCAUUAGUCACCACAAUGUAUUCCUUUACUAUAGCAUAUAUGUUAAAAUUAUAUACAAAGAAUAUAUUUUCGAGGAUUCUUUGCAAGGGAUGACAAUGUUUUCUAAAAUCAUGUAUACCUAUAGAAAGUAAAGAAAAAAUUAAAUAAUGAUUUACAUUAUCAUUAAAAUAUCGAUAUUGGUAUUUUACCGAAGUAUGUUGCUGUUUUCAAAUUGUCUGCUUUUUUAUUUGCAGUUUGUUUUGCUCUGGAAUCUUUCAAAGAUUAAUAAUUAUUGUUAAUCAAGCCAUAAAAUACUGUCAAGUUUAAGUCAUGUAAAAGAUAAAUAUUAUUUUCAAGCUUCUACAGUUAAUGUAUGUGCAUUAUAGGACUUGAUUUUUAGCUUGUGAUAACACAUUUUUUCAACGACAUAUGUUAAAAAGAUUAUAUAGUAUAGUAUGUAGUUUCUCAAAUUCUGAUCAAAUGAUACCAAGAUUAAAUAUCUACAUUUAUUCUAACAAAGCUCAAAUUAUGGACAUAUGAAAUAAAAUUCAAAUGAAUUAAUUUAUAAUUUAUUUUUUAGCAUAUUUUUAAGGAAUGCAAUGCAUUGUCAAUGAAAUAACACAAAUGUUAUUUAUUUAGAGAUAUACUAAAUUGAAAAAUGGCUCGUUUGAAUCAUUACAUAAGAAUUUUCUUUAUAUUGUGUGUGCAUUAUAAAUUGUUAUAAAUGUCACGAAAAAAAGAAAAUAAAAUGACACAUUUACUAGCUAUAUAACAUAAAACAUGAUUAUCAUAAAGAAAGUCAAAUAUUUUCUUAUUGAUACUAGUAAAACAUUAAAAUAUUAUUUAUCGAAUUAAAGGCUGAUAGCUAUUUUUACUGCAAGGAAAUGCUAUAGAAUGGUGGUUAUAUCAUAUUAACAAUGUAAUUUCAUAAAUUUAACAAAAGUGUAAAGUUAUAUAUAAUCACCUUUAACACGCAUAUUUCUGUGGCAUCUCUGCGGUUUUCUUUUAAAUAAAAAAAGCUUUCAGCACUACACAUAGUAGAAAUUGUGAUAUGUAACAAUAAAAUGAUUACAUUUGUAAAAUUGUGAUGAUUGUAAUAUUAUUGACAAAUCCUAUCAGAAAAAAAAUAAAAAAUUCUACAAUCAGA